GCUAUUCUUCUCUAAAAAGUUGACACUUUUGUGUAAAAUUUGGUGUAAAAUUUUUUCCGAAGCAGAAAAAAACAAAAAUAUAUUUGAAAUGAGUUUACCACCCACACUAUUGCAACGUUUGGCGUCACGAGGUCUACUUAAUAAACAAAAAGCCUCGCAAUCCGAAGCAAUUGAAGAAAUUAUUGCUGAAAAUUAUGACGAGGACGACAAAAGUCAUCCAUAUACAAAUAUUGAGCAUGACACUACAACUACCAAGCAUACCGGCAGCAAUGAACAGUUUUGGCCAGACAGAAUAAAGGAACGCAUUGGAGUAACAGAGUCGCAUCAUGGAUUUAAAUUCUGUCCCAACAAAUCCAAUAUUUAUCACUCGUGCACACUGUACUGUGUUAACAGAUGGCCAACUGGUCACGCAAAGGCAAAUGAAAAGUAUCUUCGUCGUUACAAACGAUUAGUUCGUAAAUAUCCGCUAAGUGCAGAUUGGAAGGAAAUGUAUGAUAAUGGAUACGGAUUUUACUAUUUCUACAAUUCGGCAUCCCGUAAAGUUUCCUGGUUGCCUCCCACACACCCAAAGGCACGUAUAUCAAACAGCGCAGCCAUAUUUCGAAAGCAGUUGGCUAAUUCAAAUGAUAAAUAUAAUUUCGACACACCUUUUACUUCGAAUAAUAAUGAUACAGAGGAUGGUCCACAGGCUCCAUCUUUCGCACCUUCUAAGAAGCAAAAGGUUCGAGAUUUGGAACGUACGAUACUACGAAAGCAGCGAGUAUAGAUAUAAAUAAAUAUAAAUACUUUAAUAUAAUAAUUAUUUAAGUCCCAGUAGUUUUAUCUGAGCUGCGCAGUCAGUUGUGACCAGUACUGCCGACUUACUUAUUUGAGGAAA